CGAGACGGAGCUACAGCAACAGGCAGCAUGCACGUUGGCGCAUGCGCACUGAUGCAAUGGAGCUGCAGUUGUGGCUUUCCUUUCUAUUGUUACAUGUGAUCCAUGAUGUCCAGUGUUCCAGUCCUCGCGGCCAAUGGACAGCAAACGUACCACCAAAGAUUCCCGCCCUGCAUGGCUCCUGUGUGGUUAUUCCCUGCACCUACACUUACCCCAAGCCCACCUCAAAGAAGAUCCUGAACAGGUGGAGAGGAUUCUGGAGGAAUGGGAAAAAGAUUGUCUCAACAAAUCUCCCGAAAUGGAAACUGCCUCAGGAGUACAAAAAACGAACCCAGUUUUUGGGAAAACUCCAAUCACGCAACUGCACCAUGCUGCUGGAUGGUGUCAGGACGACUGAUGUCGGCCCUUUCUACUUCAGGAUUGAAAUGCCGCAAUACAAAAGCUUCUCCUACACACAAAAUGCAGUGUCCAUUGAUGUCAUACAUGAUCCAGAGCCUCCAUCUCUGUCUGUGAAGUUGAAUGAUAAAGUAACUGCCUCCUGCUCUGUGUCUCACACCUGCCCAUCUAUUCCCCCUCGAUUCUCCUGGAGCCGCUCUGGAAUGGUCAAGCGCCGAUCAAAGAGGCUGAAUACGUGGAAGUGGGUAACGGUGUCAACCCUGACCUUUAUCCCUCGACCCACUGACUUCAACACGCCUUUAAACUGCACAGUGAAGUAUAGAGGAGGGAAGCAGGUGAAGAGCUCCACGAUUUUCUGAAUAUGACGUGAGCCCAGUGCAUGACCUAAAUAUCACCUUUCAUUCUGAAUGGUAAAUGAAUUCAUGUCCCAUAUGUCAAGAAGUGUCAAAUCUGUAAUUUAAUGUCUUACUGCAGCUGCUUCAUUUGUACAGGUUUACUCUCCAUACAGAUGUUUAUAGCUGAAAGAGAAAUGUUACCCUGCUGUGGGAUGAUGACAGAGAGAUACUGUUGGAGCAAAAGCAAAUCUACUAAAUAUAAACUAUAGUCUACACUGAAUCAGCUUCACUGUUUAAGGCUUCUUUCAAGUUUUCCAGUCAAUAGGAUUUAUUGUGUCUGAUUAACAUUAAAUACUUUUUAAAUGUAA